AUGCGUGCAACGAUUUUCCACCACUGUUCUAUCGAACCCCCGAUAGAUUUUGCCCGGUUCUCUUCCUGGAGUCGCCUGCUACGAACAGUGGCAUACGCGCUUCGAUUCCUGAACAAUACGAACAAGAAGCAGCCGUUGCGGACCGGCCUGUUAUCGCAAACCGAGCUUCAAUUAGCAGAAGAAACCAUCUUCAAAGUGGUACAACGUGAAACGUACCCAGAUGAGGUCGUGGCGCUGGCCAACAAAACACCAAACGAGAGCGGGCAAGAGAUCAUCGGGAAGCAUAGCUCCAUUUUUCAACUGAUGCCGAUGUUAGACAAUAGCGGCCUGCUGCGCGAGAGAGGUCGGAUUGGUUCUGUCGAAGACGUAGGGUAUAACGUUCGCCAUCCCAUUAUCCUUCCAAGGAAACAUCGUGUUACGGAACUGCUGGUACUAGAUUUUCAUCAACGAUGCCAGCAUGGAAAUUCAGAGACGGUGGUUAAUGAGAUUCGGCAACUCUGUAACAUCCCGAGACUUCGAUCGGUGGUCAAGAAAGUUAGCCGGGACUGCGUGCGGUGUAAAGUGCGCCGGGCGAGGCCAGCGAUCCCACCGAUGGCACCACUCCCUCCGGCGCGUCUAGCUCACCACGAACGAGCCUUCACCUACACCGGGGUAGAUUACUUCGGGCCACUGUUAGUGAAGCUGGGAAGAUCCAACGUGAAGCGGUGGAUUGCAUUAUUCACCUGCCUAACGGUGCGCGCCGUUCAUCUUGAAGUUGCAUAUUCGUUGUCGACCGAAUCCUGCAUCUCCUGUGUCCGUCGAUUCGUGGGCCGCCGAGGUCCACCCGCCGAGUUCUUCAGCGACAACGGGACGAAUUUCCAGGGGGCCGAUCGAGUGUUGCGGCACCAAAUAAGUCAGGGACUGUCAUCAACGUUCACCACCACCAACACCAAGUGGAAUUUUAUUCCGCCGGGAGCACCACACAUGGGCGGAGCGUGGGAACGCUUAGUUCAAUCGGUGAAGGCAGCCAUGCAUGAAGGAUAUUCGGAGGGAAAACUUGAUGACGAGGGGCUGCAGACGCUGGUCGUGGAGGCUGAACGGUUGGUUAACUCAAGGCCUCUGACGUACUUACCACUUGAAGCUGAAGAAUCAGAGGCGAUUACGCCGAAUCACUUCCUGCUGCUGAGCUCGAACGGGAUGAAACAACGUGGAGAGGGGACAGUAGCAGCAGUACAAGCGCAGCGUGGAGAACUAGUUCGCCGACAAAUCUUGGGAAGAUCGUGGGAGCUGAGCCGACGAAGCGAAAUGGAUGGGAGCGCGGAAGGAUCGUCCGUACUGUCCCAAACCUGGAUGGCCGACACCGUCAAGCGGUUGUGCAAAUGGGGACGAGAACGUUGGUGA